GUGGAAAAGAAAUAUAUAAUACGCUUCUUCGUCAAAGCAUACGUCUCCCAUGGUCUCCCCCACACACCCUCACAAGUCACACCUCUCACCGGAACCAAAAUGCGCAACCGCCGGUACGUAGCCCCGAGUGACGACGACGAGGACGACCACCACCACGCGCCACCGCACCGAUCACAAACCGAAUCCGAUGAAGCACGAUCUACUCAACGGAAGCGAAAACGGAUGAAAAUUUACGAAGACGACGAUGAAGAAGAAGAACAAGAUCUAAUCAAACAUAAAAAACCUAAUGACGAUGAUGUGGAGGAGAAGGAAGUUUCACCGCCGGUAGAUGAGGUAGUGCCGCCGGAAGACGCUAAGCCAAUCGGCGAUGUGGUUAGGGUUUCAGGCAAGGGGAGAUCGAAGAGGAAUCAUUAUAAAUCGUUCGAGUUUGACGGACUUUGUUACGAGCUUGAGGAUCCUGUGCUUUUAGCAGCUGCAUCUGAAGGACCAAACAAAAAGCCAUAUGUUGCCAUAAUCAAGGAUAUUUCAGAAACAAAUAAAGGGAGUGUGAUGGUGAACGGACAAUGGUUUUAUCGACCCGAAGAGGCAGAACGGAAAGGCGGUGGAAAUUGGCAAUCAAACGAUACACGACAACUGUUUUAUAGUUUUCACAAAGACGAGGUCCCAGCUGAAUCCGUAAUGCACAAAUGUGUAGUACACUUCAUUCCCGCACACAAACAGAUCCCGAGCCGUAAAUUACAUCCUGGAUUCAUCGUUCAAAAGGUUUAUGACACCAUUUUUAAACGUCUUUAUAAACUUACAGACAAAGAUUAUGAAGAUACCAUGCAACACGAAAUCGAUCUUCUUGUUCAAAAAACAAUGUCACGGAUAGGAGACCUUCCUGAUAUCAAAAUUGACGAAGACGUUGAACCAGACGACAAUAUAAAAAGUAAAAGGAUGUUACGGAGAAAGAGUAUGUCAUCGUUAGAUGUUACCAGAGAUGAAGAUGCUGCAAGCGACCGGUCUGGACCGUUGUCGAGGACUGAAACACCGGGAAGUUGUAACAGUGCUGCUUCGGAAUAUUAUAAUAUUCUUGUGAAGUUUGAUGCUGUCACUAGUGAUCAGCAACGUGAUAAAUGGUUAGAGAAGGUUCUAGAAACGGUAAAAUUUGUAUGCAGUAAUGUGGAUGACAGUGGUGGAAAUAGGAAGGAAGUUGAGGGAGCUAAUAAUCUUCCUCCAAAUGAGCCCCAAGACAAAGUUCCAAAUAAUGGAACGGGAUUAUCACCUGUGUGGCCUGAGGAUGCGGUGCAUGCUGUAGCUGCACUUGAGCAAGCGUCACACGAGUCUCUUUCUUCGGAUUUUCUAAAAUAUAAUCAGAAAAUGAGGCAGUUAGUAUUUAAUCUUAAGAAAAAUGCACAGUUAGCCCGUCGCCUCCUAAAGGGAGAAUUGGAACCUUCAAAAAUAUUGAACAUGUCACCUAUUGAGUUGAAGGAGGGAUUGACAGCAGAGGAGAUAGCACGUAAAGAGCCUGAAGAGGGUGUCCAGGUGCAGAUGACCGACGCACGAUGUAAAAGAUGUACAGAGAGAAAAGUACGUUUGGUAGAGAUCAUCUCAGGUGGACACGCAGACCGAUACCAGCUCGAGUGCAGUGCAUGUGGUAACAUGUGGUAUGCUUCUCAGGACGAAGCAUCCACACUUACAAUAAACGGGCCGGGCUCAGCAAAGAACGUAGGAACGGCACCAGGGGCCACUGCCAAGUUUGAAGAUGUCGAAAAGAAGUUGGUGAGCCCCCGUGUUCAUCAAAAACCAACCGAGCCUGUUACUAUACCCGAAAAGCAGAAACCGUUGAAUAAGUUGAGGCCUGAAGAUGAAGACAAACCACCACCACCAACUGAUUCUGUAAACAAGUCUUGAUGUUUAAAUUAUUAGGUGUCUAAAUAUAGGUUUGAAAAUCCAAUAAACUAAAAAACUGCAAAAGCAAUACAAAGUAAAAUCUUGUGUGGAAAGAAGAAUAGUAUACCUGACCAAUUAAUAACAAUAUAUUAUUAUAAUAUUAAUUUUUUAUUGGUUUGUUUUAAGACCACCAUGACAUAUAAUAACAGUAUUAUUAUAA